AUGGAAAUCACAUCAAAAGCAAUUCAGUCCAAAACCAUUUCUUCUUCCCAGAAUCCUAAAUCGCCUCGCCGGCAUGGAUGUUUUUGCGUCCAAUCCUCCACCAUCCGGUUGCCACUCCACAGACCUCACCGGAAAAUUAUCCAACCGGUCAAUAACCCGCCAAGCAAACUAAUUUCAACCACCGCCAGUACCACUACUUCCUCUGAUAUUUUACGGUUGUUGGACUGCCUUGGUCUUCCAGUCCCCGAUGCUGUAUACAUUUCUCUCAUCAAAGAAUGCACCCACUUUCGCGACUCUAAUGAAGCUGUUUUACUACACGCCCAUCUUACCAGGAAUCGUCGAAAUCAACCUCGUUUACCUUUACUUAAUCACAUCUUGAUUAUGUUCUUAUCUUGCGGGUGUAUACAGAACGCACGCCAGGUGUUCGACGAAAUGACAAAAAGAGAUUUUAACUCUUGGGCGAUAAUGAUUGCGGGUUAUGCAGAUAGCCAUGAUUACGAGGAAGUAAUCAAUCUGUUUUCAAACUCCCAACUGCAAUAUUUGAUGGAUUGUAGCAGCAGCGUCCCUGUUUCUUGGGUUUUGGUAUGCGUUCUUAAAGCUUGCACUAACACCUGGAACUUGGAACUUGGCAAACAAAUCCAUGGCUGUUUGCUAAAAUCAGGUUAUUCAGACGAUCUCUUUGUGGGUAGCUCGUUGAUCAACCUUUAUGGAAAGAUCGGAUGUUCUGAAGAUGGGGAUUUAGUUUUUGAUCAAAUAUCUUCUCAUAAUGUUGUGGUUUGGACAGCUAGAAUCACUAAAAACUGUAGGGAAGAUAGGUUUCAUGAGGUUAUUGAUGUAUUUAAAGAAAUGGGGAAAGAGGGUAUAAGGAAAAACAGCUUUACAAUCUCUAGUGUUCUUAGUGCAUGUUCAAAGAUAAGUGAUGAUGGAAACUGUGGUGAACAAGUUCAUGCCAAUGCCAUUAAAUUAGGGUUAGCAUCCAAGAGUUAUGUGCAGUCUGGAUUGGUUAACAUGUAUGGAAAAUUUGGGUUGAUUGAAGAUGCAAAAAGGGUUUUUGAUAUGAAUGGAGUGAAGAGAAAUAAUGCAUGUUGGAACUCUAUGUUUACUAGUUUUAUACAAAAUGGAUGCCUUGUUGAAGCCAUUAAGUUUCUUUAUGAGAUGAAGGCAGCUGGGGUGGAGCCUCAGGAAUUGUGGGUCAACAAAUUAAGGUCUUUGUGUGGGAGUCUUGAAAUCAAAUAG